UGCCCGCUAGAAAGACGCUGGGAACUAUUUUCCAGCCGUACGGGAGGGAUUGUGUAACCUUUAUAUACGUCCGUGCUGAAAUGCUGUGUAUUGGUAAGGUUAGGGUUAGCUGAGUAGUUGAUUUAGCUUAGCUUUUGUUUUAUCGUUCAAAACUAAUUAACAUUUUUAAUGUAUACGAAUAUGAACAAUAUUAAGAACACAACGAUUUAGCUAUCUGAGUGAAUUAGCCAUCUAGCCAAAUAUAGCUCUAGACAAUUCAUAAUAAAGACAAGAUGGCGUCCCGGAAGCAGAAGAAGCUUUGGCGCUAUGUGGAAGAAGGAAGUUUGCUGAAGCUGAAGUCGUAUCUGCGGAAACACAGAGAUGUGGAGGUGAAUUUCACUCAGGGCAAGAGGAGAAGAGGUGUGCUGCAUCUGGUGUGCUCUCACGGAGACGACGCCCUGCUCAGGCUGCUGUUAAAGCACGGAGCUAAUCCGCUUCAGAAGGACCGGAACGGGGACACGCCGCUGCACCUGGCCGCCAGAAAAGCCCUGAAACACGGCAAAACAGACUAUGAUGAUCUGGUAGUUCCUUUGUGUAAACACUGUCCUGCUGCACUGAGCAUAGAGAACAACGCUGGAGUCACUCCUCAUGAGCUGCUUCAUGGACUGAGCUUUAAACAGAAUCGGAGUCCCAGAGCAGAUGCUCCUCGGCGGUCUGAUCCUGAGCAGGAGUGGAGGGAGAAGCUGCUGGGGGAAUGCCAAGACGAGUUCUUCGAAACAUUUGGGCAGUAUGAUGACGAUUUCAUGCGAGAUUACGAAGAUGAGGGAGACUUUGCUGAUUGGGCUGAGCGAAUCAGGAGGGAGUAUAUGUCCAAGCAGCAGGCCAGAACGAGGACAGACAGGACACAAAGACGAAAAAAGGAGGAGAAAAAUGCGGAGGAGGCGGAGAGGGAGCGUAGAGAGCUGCAUGCGCGGCUGGAGAAGGAGCACAGGGAAUACCUGGAGCGUGCCUCUCGUAAAAAAGACGAGACCCAGAAGGGGAAGAAGAGGCGCUAUGAGGAGCGCUGUGAUGUCGUCUUCCUCAGCUCCUCCUCCUCCUCCUCCGCAGGCGCCCUGGGAUACGAUGACAUUCCCUGGCCUGCGCCACGCGGCUCUGUCGACGAGAUGAUGGCCGUCAUCCUGCACGGUGUGGACCGAGCGGACACGGACGCUUUCCGGAAGUUUCUGCGGCGCCAGCAGGCUCUCUGGCACCCAGAUAAGUUCGCCCAGCGCUGCGGUACCCGGCUACAGGACAGAGACAGGCAAAGGAUUAUGGAUACAGUCACGGCUCUGUCACAGGAGCUGAACAGACUGGCUCAGAGUCUCCGGUGACACUACAGUCAACUGCUGGAGCGUCCGAGUUUUUGGAGCUCUGUGAUAAUGGGAUUGUUUUACAGGUUCAGUGUGGAAUUUGAAUCUGAUUGGCUGCUGGCAGUCUGAGGAAUAUUUAAUAAACUAAAUAUAAAUAGCUUUUCAUUGCUUUAAAA